CAAUGGUACGGCACAAUCUCUGUAGCAAGGACUUGGCGUAUAAGGUGCAUUUUUGGAAUUAGAAAGACCUUUUUAGGAUACAUUGUGUUGUGCAAAUCUAGUUUUGAGUUGUUAGAGUGAUUCUAUUGAUGGUUCGAAACAUAAAAUAUCGGUUUUCAGUGCAAAAAAUUCCAAUGACCGGGUAUGUAAUGUAUAAUGGCGUUUAAUUCAUUGAAACCUAACCACGGAAUAUGGAUAUGAAAUGACAUUUCUUCAGAUAUCGUCAACUAUAGACUAUAACUAAUUAUUAUUUAUUUUAUUUGUGCAAUUUUUCCAUCUCUCUCAUUUAUUACUUUGUGUUUUUAUGUGGAUUUUAAAAAAUAACUGUGAUAGUAACAAAAUGUGAUAUAAACGUUAGAAGAUGACUUUGUGAAGUACAACAUUUCCAUGUAUUGCUUCAGUUUUAAUCCAAAGGUUUUAUAGCAUAAAAUACUACAAGAAAACGGUUCAAAAAUGGAUAAAACGGACCAGAAGAAAAAUUCUAAACGACAUGGUAUUAACGAAUCGCAUGGCAACCGUCAUAGUGUGAACUCUAGUUCCGGGGUCCUCAUGGUAGGGCCAAACUUUCGUGUAGGUAAAAAGAUUGGCUGUGGUAAUUUUGGUGAACUUCGCUUAGGAAAAAACCUGUACAAUAACGAGCAUGUAGCCAUAAAAAUGGAACCGAUGAAAUCCAAAGCGCCACAACUGCAUUUGGAAUAUAGAUUUUAUAAAUUAUUGGGCAGUCACGUUACAGAGGGCAUCCCCGAUGUGUACUAUUUUGGUCCUUGUGGCAAAUAUAACGCAUUAGUUAUGGAACUGCUAGGACCAAGCUUAGAAGAUCUCUUUGAUAUGUGUGACAGAAAAUUUACACUCAAGACUGUACUAAUGAUUGCAAUUCAGUUGUUACACAGAAUUGAAUAUGUUCACUCUAGACACUUGAUCUACAGGGAUGUAAAACCUGAAAAUUUUUUAAUUGGGCGAACUAGUACAAAAAGAGAAAAAAUUAUUCAUAUUAUAGAUUUUGGUUUAGCAAAAGAAUAUAUUGAGAUUGAAACAAAUAAACAUAUACCCUACAGAGAACACAAAUCGCUGACGGGCACCGCCAGGUAUAUGUCGAUAAACACCCAUCUCGGGAAAGAACAGUCGCGACGAGACGAUCUCGAAGCGCUCGGCCACAUGUUCAUGUACUUCUUGAGGGGUUCGCUACCGUGGCAGGGUCUGAAAGCCGAUACGCUCAAGGAGCGGUAUCAAAAGAUCGGGGACACUAAACGUGCGACGUCGAUCGAGGCGCUCUGCGAAGGACACCCCGAAGAGAUGGCAACUUACCUGCGUUACGUACGGAAAUUGGAUUUCUUCGAAACACCGGACUACGAGUAUCUCCGAUCUUUGUUCACUGGACUGUUCACGAGGAAAGGCUUCACGGAAGAUGGGGAAUUCGAUUGGAGUGGGAAAACUAUGACACCACCAAACUUGUACAUGUUACAACUAGUAAGAAAUGCACCACCAUCAAAUAAAAUAAAAACAAAGUCUGCAAAGAGUACACCUGUAGGCUCUCUUCAAACAACCGCACAUGAGAUUGUUUCACCGAAUAGUCGAGACAGGCAUGCAAUACCUAAGACAAACAAAACUAAUGCGUGGCCUGAGGCUUCAAAACAAAGCACUUUGGGUGGCAUAACGCCCGCUGAUCGACACGGUUCUGUGCAGGUUGUCAGCUCGACGAAUGGCGAACUGAAUACAGACGACCCCACCGCUGGACACAGCAACACGCCCAUCACUCAGCCGCAAGAAAUCGAACUCCUCGAUGAAACAAAGUGUUGCUGUUUCUUUAAGAGAAAGAAGAAGAAAGGAGUCCGCACUAAAUGACUACAGUAUAGUGAAACAGACCAGCAUCUCACUCUGUUGCCAUGCGGUCACAGUAGUGCAGCAACAUUAAAUUGACAUAGUUAUUGAAGACCAACGUCACUUGUUAAUUGAACUAUUUAAAUAGCUAAUUUAUAGGUUAGCCUUAAUUCUUUAAUAAGAUAUUUUAAGUCGUACCAUAUCUGUGAAUGUAUACAGACGCCUUACUCGAUAUGUCGGUUCUGUACUUUCCUUAUUAUUAUUUUUUUGUCAACCUCUAUUUAUCUUUUAUCUCUAAGUUCUGUCAUUAUUUAUUAUAAUUACCAAAUACUAUGUUUUAUAUAAUUACAUAAUAAUUUUGACUAGUUUAGUGUGUGUUCUAGUAAACAUGUUUUAACAAUAACUUAUAAUUUUAUUACUACUCAGUACAGCUUAAGCUAAAAUAAUAAUAAUAAUAAUAAUAAUAAAAAAACAUAUAAAAGAGUAAGGCCGAGUUUUUAGCAUGUUUGAUAUAAAAGAAUGAUUCAUACUGGACAAUGUAAAUCUACUAUCAAGUUGUACAUAAUUAUCUUUUGCGGUAUUAUUAAAUUUUUCUGUUUUCUGAUAUCAUAGAGUGACAAGAUAUGAUAAAUAGAUAAUCUAAUGAAAAAGGUCACAGUUUCAUAGUUUCUGUAUAUAUUUUAGUGGAAAAUUUUUAAGUCUAAUUUAUUGAAAAUAAACAGGACUACUAUCACAAAAUAUUCAUCUAUUUAUUUAAAUUAAUAAAAAUUACCUUGACACUGAACAAAUUAAAAGUACAUCCACAUAAUCGGAGGUUGAAACAUUAUGUCUGCAUCGUUGUAUUAUAUUUGUACUUAAAAUGUAUUUACCAUUAUUUAUUCAUAUUGCUAUAUUGUUUCGAUUCAAUAAUUGAUUUAAAAAAAUACAUAUAAUGAUAGUUCAUUAAAAAAUUACACUCUCUAGAUACUCAACUUGUUGUAAAUCAACAAAUAACGUUUAUACAUCUGAAUAAGUGCAACAAUAAAAAAAAUACUUAAUUACUAUCUUAUAAGUUUUACGUACUUAUUUUUGUAAUAUUUAAUAGUAGUAUCUACAAUAAACAAUAGAAACAUGGAUAAUUUUAAUUAGAUCUUUUCUUUGUGGAGAUUACUCUCAAAAGCACAUUUGCAAAAUUGUAGUAUAUCAGCACCUUCCUCAUGUUAUUUGGAACAACUUAAAUCAAAAAUAAUUUGCUACAGACAAACAAUAUUUCAUGGAAUUUUAUACAAUGGUUAGUUAAUUAAUAUUGAAUUAUUAUGAGGAAAGUUAUAUGCGGUAUUUAACGAUACACGAUUAUCACUCAGGGAAGGAACUAAUUGAUUAAACAAGUACUAAAUGGAUACUAGUUGCAUAUUUCCAAUGAAAAUAUUGGAUUAUUCUAUCAAAUCUGUCACUCUUUGUACGUAUUCCUUAAUUCUUUUACGUCAAAUAUUUGAUCGAAUAUAUAUAUAUUUGGACUAAAAUUAGACUAAAUCAUAUGAUAUUGAGUAUAUUCAAACGUUACUUUAUUCGUGUCACCCAAAGAGCAAACUAGAAUAUUAAAACAAAUUGAAUUUUUGAUAAUUGUAAUAUUUACAGAUCCUUUUAUUUUGACAAUUGUAUUUACAAUAUAGUAAUCUGAAGGUAAAAAAAAAGUUGUGAUUUAAGCAUUGUGUAAAUUUGCUUUGUUGUUGAUCUCAAAUUAAAAACGAUCGACUGCUUUUACUUCUUUGACUUGUGUGAGGAGUGUUUAUUUCACCCUCAGCUAUAUGCCAACAUUAUUUCCUUUCAUUUGUGGCUAUUUUUAAAAUAUAUAAUGUUAGAACAUG